UUAUCUUUUAAUAGAAUAAUGUGUUAAGAUUAAACUAAUUGUGUAAAUUGAACACGCGGUGAGCUGUGAUAAGGGGCGUACACGAAGUGUGAUCUCCCUCUCAAUUCAAGCGUUAAUCUAACGCUGUACAAACGUUUACGAGAGACUGAAGCUGAUGGGGAAUAGGAUUUACAUCACCAAAGCAGAACGCAUCACUGAUUCCAGGCAACUCCCAUGGUAGCUCUUCAUGUCUGCAAACAGCAGUUCAGAGUGCAGCCAAACACAACAGACAUCUGAGAACGCGUGCCAAACUUCAGCAGAUGCAGGCGCUGGGGAAACUUCUACGAUUGAGGGAAGCGAUGUAGCGCAACUAGCAAGUACAGACAGGCAGGCUUCGCCCCACAACGCCGCAGAUGACGCCAGGCUCGGUAGCCAUGACCCCAAGCCAAGCAUUAUCAGUAAUGACAAAGCGGUGUCCAACUCGCCGGCCUCGCACAGGCCAUCGCCGCCAAGUACUGCGACUGGUGGUGGCGGUGGUACGGUGGUUCAGACAAACGUGUCACCCAUCCAGGUUUGUCCGACUAGUAGUGUGGCGUCUCCUCGUAUCUCAGUGCCAAAGGCCCAGACUACUCCCACUCAACCAACAAUGGUGAAGACUGUCGCCCCUACUCCUCCAAGGACACCUGCACUAAAAACCAGUGUGGCCAUGGUAAGGCCACCACAAACCGCUUCAGUCCAGCUUCCUGCAACAUUCCAGAUCCCGCCGGGUAUGGUGCUGGUGCGUAGCGACAGCGGGCAGCUAAUGCUCGUAUCCCAGCAGGCUUUAGCGCAGGCUCAGAGAGUCGUCAAUAACCCAGGCCUGGUCCAGCCAUCUGCGGCCACUGUCAUCAGGAAGCCAGGAUCUGCCCCGAUCAUCAGAGUCUGCCCUCCUGUCAGCACUCCCAGGGCCACCUACACCAUGGGGACCAUUCCACCAAGGCCUAGCUCCACCACAGGGCCCACCUUACAGAGGCCCAAUGCUGUGGGAAGGGUUGCCUACAGGCCCACCACAGCUGUGGGGACCAUCACUCAGAGGCCCAGCUCCACCAUGGGGACCAAUACGCAGAGGCCCUGCUCUGCCGUGGGGACCAUUCCCCAGAGAGCCAGCUCUGCCGUAGGACCUGUCCCCCAGAGACUCAGCUCAGUUGUAGGAGCAACUCGUCAACACAUCACUUCCACGACAGGAGCCACCAUCAUUAAGGCUUCUGUAGCUGGACUCUCCACCACUCCAGCUGUGGGUCAGUCAAACCACCCAGGAGGCCUUGCCCCCCGAAUUCUUUCAACAAAUGUCCCCACCAAACCCAAGACUGCUCCCUCCAAUGCCGUUUCCUCGCAGACAAUUGAGAAUGUGAAGAAGUGCAAGAACUUCCUGGUGACAUUGAUGAAGCUGGCCUCCAGUGGCGGUCACUCCUCAGACAUGGGUAUGAACGUCCGCAACCUGGUCAAAAGCCUGCUGGAUGGGAAGCUUGAAGCAGAGGAGUUCACAGAGAAACUUUACGCUGAGCUGAAAUCAUCUCCUCAGCCAUACUUGGUGACAUUCCUGAAGAGGAGUCUCCCUGCUGUGCGGCAGCUCACCCCAAACUCCCAGCUCUUCAUCCAGCAGUGUGAACAGCCCAGUGCCCCUCCUGCCCAGCCCUCCACCUCCGGUCAGCCAGUGAGGUCAACUCAGCUGCUGAUUCAGCCCCAGCAAACUGUAGUCAUCAAGAAGCCUGUGACCUCACAACCUGCUGCCCAGGGAGGGGGUGUGGCCAAACACUUUUUGCUCCAGACCAACAGAACACCCACCACAGGUGUGAUAGUGGGGCCCUCAGCACAGAUCUCAAAGUCGCACCCCGCAUCCUCACUGCCCACUCUCAAUCUCAGCUUUAAGGAGAGCACCGGCACCUUCCGGGAUGAGGAUGACAUCAAUGAUGUGGCAUCCAUGGCUGGCGUGAGCAUUAGUGAGGAGAGAGCCCGUAUCCUGGCAACCGGCGCAGAGUCGGUUGGACUGGUCGUUAGGUCUUGCCGAGACCAGCCAUUUCUCUGUCCCACUGCCCUACGCACACGCAUUACUCAUACAGGUAGUGUGUGUGUGUGUGAAACCAUGUCUGUAGGUGUGUGUGGUUUGGAAGGAGAUGUUGUGGGUCUGGUGUCCCAUGCCACUGAGGAGCGGCUCCGAGACCUGCUGGGAAAACUCUCAGUCACUGCACAACACCGCCACCUGCAGUUGAAGGACUGCUGGCAGUACCAGCAGGUGACCGAUGUUCGGAGUCAGCUGCGCUUCCUGGAGCAGGUGGAGCGACUGCAGCAACAGCGCAGGGAUGAGGAGGAGAGGGAGAUGCUGCUCCGCAUCGCCAAGAGUCGGUCCAGCAGGGAAGACCCUGAACAGCAGUGUCUCAAGCAGAAGGCAAAAGAGAUGCAGCAGCUGGAGUUGGCUCAGGCCCAGCACAGACAGGCUAACCUGGCAGCUCUCGCUGCCAUUGGUCCCCGCAGGAAGCGCCCCCUGGAGGUUAGCAGUGCUGUGGGUCAGAGGAGCACGUCUAGGCCUGUGUUGCGGGUCACGCUCAGGGAUCUCAUCUUCUGUAUGGAGCAGGACUCCCAUCUGUCCCAUUCCCUUCUGCUCUACAGUGCCAUGCUGAAGUAAUCUCUGGACACGGACAACUGUUCCAAUGGAGUCAGACAGCCUGUGGAGCACUGCCAUUGGACAGCACUUUCUAUUUGUGUUUCAUGAGGAAGAGAUGUGCAUUGCACAACAUAUGCUAUAAUUUCAAGUUAUUUAUGUAUAUUAUGUAAACAUUUCAAUGUUGUGUUCCAUAUGAAAUGUGUAAUCUGUUUAUUUUUGACACUGAACAUGA